GCCGUGGGCAGCGUGGCCGGGGGAGCGGGCAGGCUGCCUGCACUCGCCGCUCCCUCCCUUCCUCCCUCCCCCCCCGAUGCUUUAAUCACAUUUUCAAUUCAAAUCUGCUGCUAUUUGAUCCUCUGGGGGUGGCGGCGGGGGGGGGGGGGGGGGGAAUAUUUUUAGCUGUGCUUAAAGCUGCCGGGGCGGCUAAGGGAGAUCGUGCAGGUUGCAGUGGCCGGGCAGAGUUGGACGGGAUCUCCCCCCCUCCCUUUUUUCUUCUUCCUCCUCCUCCUCCUCCUCCUCCUCCUCUUUGCACAUCUGAGGGCGGCAGCGGGGCUGGCUUCCCCCUCCCGGAGGUCGCCUUUGUUUUCCCGGUGUCGCUCUCCCGAGCAGCCGGGGGGGGGCGGGAGGGGACCGGGGCCGGGCUGGACCGGCCACCCCUUCUCCUCCUCGCCCCUCCGGAGCCCGCGGAGUUGGUGCGGUUCCCCCGGGGCUGCACUUUCCCCCCCGGCCCGGGACCCCCCAUGGCACCGCCGCGAUGUUCGUGUCCCGGGUCCUGGAUUUCCAGAAGACGCGCUACGCCAGGUUCAUGAAUCACCGCGUCCCGUCCAACCGCAGGUACCAGCCGACGGAGUACGAGCACGCGGCAAACUGUGCCACCCACGCAUUCUGGAUUCUGCCCAGCAUCCUCGGCAGCUCCAUCCUCUACAUCCUCUCUGACGACCAGUGGGAAACCAUCUCAGCCUGGAUCUAUGGCUUUGGCUUGUCCAGCCUCUUCAUCGUCUCCACCAUCUUCCACACCAUCUCCUGGAAGAAGAGGCAUCUCAGGACCAUGGAGCACUGCUUGCACAUGUUCGACAGGAUGGUGAUCUACUUCUUCAUCGCAGCAUCGUACGCUCCCUGGCUGAACCUGAGGGAAUUGGGUCCCUGGGCCUCCCACAUGCGCUGGAUCAUCUGGAUCAUGGCGUCUAUCGGGACCGUCUACGUUUUCUUCUUCCAUGAGCGCACGGCAGUGGACAUUACAAGCGUCAAACUCACUCGACGCUCCCUCUGCACCUACCUCCAAGCAGCUUCUCUGUCGGUCGCAGGUACAAGCUGGUGGAGCUGGUGUGCUACGUUAUCAUGGGCUUCUUCCCUGCCUUGGUCAUCCUCUCCAUGCCCAACAGGGAUGGCCUCCCGGAGCUGGUGGCCGGUGGACUCUCCUACUGCCUGGGCAUGGUCUUCUUCAAAAGCGACGGUCGCAUCCCCUUCGCCCAUGCCAUCUGGCACCUCUUCGUGGCCAUCGGAGCUGGCAUCCACUACUAUGCCAUUUGGAGGUACCUCUACCGGCCUGGCACGCUGGAGACUAAAACGUCCCGGUAGACACCUUAAAGACAUCGUUUGCACCAACUGGCACGUGGAGGCAUGGAGGGGAGCGGGGAGGCAGCCUGCACCGUGGGCUCGCCCCAAAUCACCCGCUCGCCCCAUGGGCAGCAGCUGCCGGUGCCCUUCCUGCAGGGACAGGAGAGCCUGGAGGUUGAUUUUAAACAGAUGUUUCUUUUUUAACCUCCGGAACUGUUUAUUUUUUUAGACAAAGGUUUUGUAACAUGGUGACCGACCGCCAGGCUGCGGGCGAUAGGGGAGCGACCCCUCCCUCACCCGCCUGACCCUGAGCAUCCCGUGGGAGCAGAGGCCCUGUCCCUACAUGCCCCUGGCUAGUGACAACCUGGGUUUGGCUACUGGAACCCUUAGCACGGGCCACCCAGGGGACUGGAGGGGUUGGAAUGGAGGGAGAGACCCAGCCUCUUUCCCCUGGGAGGGGGGCACGUCAGCACCCCUGCACCAUCAGGGCUCGGCUCCUAAAUGGUCCUAAGUCAUGUCAGCGUUAACCGCCCCCUCCCAAGUUCUUGACGGGAAGGUCCGGAGUCAACAAAGCCUUACAUGAGACCGAAAUCUGAAUCUCUUCCAGAGUCCCUGAGCACUGGAAAACCCUUUCUCUAAGCCAGUAUUAAGUGCACAACUUGGUACAUCCCCCCAGAUGGGCCCUGGGAUCCCCCAUGGUCAUUCUCUCCCUGGGGUGCUUUGUUUUCCUCUGCUGUCUCAGUGCCGGUGGCAGCCCUGAAGCACGGCCCUGCUCCCGGGCUCUGCCACGCACGUGCCUUCGGUGGGGAGCAGAGGGGGGGAUCCGGCUCCCGGCAUCCACCUGGCUGGGGUCAGCCCAUCCGCAUCAGGGGAUUUUUCUUUCUCCUCAAGAGAGGGAAGCGAACCUCCUUGGAUUGGGAUCACGGGGCUGCCUGCCUUCUCUGCUCCCGCUUUGAUGAUGAGCCUAUUGCUCAUCACCGGAUUUAAUUCCACUUUUGGGAGGAUUUCCGACAUUCCCAGGAAUGCUGCAGGGAAGGGACGCAUCCAUGGGGUGCUUGGAGGUGAGCAGUGAUGGGCACAUCCUAGCGAUGCUUGGUUUUUAAAUGCCUAACCACAGCUCCACACUGCUCUCCAAGGCAGGAUAAUGAGAUAUGGAGCACCCAUCCAGCCAUCAGGAGCAUCCCCAACGGUGCUGGAAUGGGAAAACCACACCCGGUCCUACUCCCCAAACACACCGGCAGAGGUGCUGGAGCCAGGAGGGUCUGGGACGUGCUGGGCUCUGGUCCGUGCCGGGCUCUGGUGUGUGCUGGGGUCUGUGCUGGGAGGCACAGAAGGCAUCGAUUUCCCAUCACAUCUUUUUGGCCUCUGGAUUAAUCACAACGGCGGCACCCUUGGCACGAUGUGGCAAGCGAAGGAGAUUUAUGGCCACUGUCCCGCAUCUCCUGUUUCUCCGGGAGCAUGCCGAGGAGCCGAGCUCCCAGCUCUGCCCCACCACCCGCAGAACUUAGGAUCCCCCGAGCCUGUGCCACUCCAGGACCGGCUCUCCAGGGCCAUGCCAUCUUGCAGCAGAUUACCAAAGAGAAAGCAUCCAGAUACUCAUCCCCUCCUGACGUGGUGGCUGUGGUCACCAGGUCAGCAAAAAAAUCUGGUGGGUUUUCACUUCCAUAGGCAGAAAGUUCCUAUAAGGGACUCUGGGUGCUAUGCCCAGCACCCCAGCCUGGCGUGAGGCUGCUGGGGGGGGUCUCUGCCCGGGGCACCCCAAAGCAGCCUUUGGGCUGGGCUGCCUCUCGGGGUGACGGGUGGUCUUAGGGACAGGGGGUGAAUGACCCGAUGCGAGCCCGGUCUCUGCUGCUGCCUCUCCCAGGCCCCCAGGACGCAGCCCUUGCUCUGUCACCUACCGCAGAUGGAGGGGUGGAGAAGGACGAGCUGUGCGUAACCAGCAGUUGGUGGAGCAUGUCUGGGGUUGGAAUAGUGGGAUAUGGGGGCCCAGAGUGGGAGCUGCCAUUUUUGCUGUCUGGCAAGUCAUUACCCUUCUCCGUGCCUCAGUUUCCCCAUCUGUAAAAUGGGGGUGAAGACACCGACCUACCUCACAGGGCUCAUGUGAGGACCCCGUGAAGCACUUGGAGGGCAACUAGUGCUUUACAAGCACAUGCUUCAAUUUUCACUGAGUCUGGGGGCCUGGAUUCCCAGAGCCACCGUGGGGCACGGUGACAACUGCGGCUCAGUGUGCCCAGGUCUCCUCCUGCUCCGUCACUAAAUCCCACGGGGGAACCACCCCGGGGACAAACCGUGCACACAGCAGUCCCAGAUGCCGGGCAAACAUCCCUUGGCAGGGGCUGAGGAUGCCCAGGGACCAGCAUUCUGUUUCGUCUGCGGGUGUCAUCCCAUGGGAUUUAUCUCGGAAGCUGUUUUGCCACUGGGGGCUUUUGGCCCUAAAUCUGUCCCGGGGCUCCCGAGGCCCAGGGAGGUGCCAGAAGGACUUUUCCGAGGCUACUUCAUCUCAGCCUCCUGCUGAAAACCCAGGGCAGAUGCCUGGGUGGGAAUGGGUGGCCAGGCUCCGUCGGGGACAUUGCUUCCUAAAUCCUUCCCUUGCAAAGCAGGGUGGGGGGCACAGAGCAGGUUAUUGGAUUGGCCUCCUAUUUUAUACUAAUUUUAAAUGACUCAUAAUAUUCAGGAUGCCUGUGGAGGAGGCUUCGAGGGAUCUUUUUAGCAUCUCAUGUUUUUCACCAUCCAUUCUUGUUCAAUCAGUAUUUUAUAUUUAACGCAGUAUUGGGUCAAAUAAAAUAUAAGGAAGAUAACGCUAGUGAAUAUCGUUUCCUGUGGAGUAGGAUUGAAAUAAAAACUCAAGAUACCUCA